CUUUUCAUUUUUUAAUAUAUCGCCAUAUUGUUAUAUUUGAAUAUAUAUAUUGAUGGAAUUUUCAGUACUAGAAGGAAACAAUGGUACUAGAAGAUCCAAUGUCAAUCGUACAGUUUCCACUACAGUUGCUGGUUUAUCUAUGAACAAACAUGGCCUCUCUAUGAAUACACUUCGCUCUCAACGACCACCAAAAGUAUAUGCUGCUUUACCACCUCCACCACUCAAUCAUAACAGCAAUAAUUCUCCAACGAUACCUAUUCGAAAGCAUUCUCUCGAUUCAAAGACAAUGGACUCUCGGUCUUCUUCUCCUUCCUCCAAUACUUCUUCAGCAGAAAGCUCACUUUCCAUCAAUAGAGAAUCGGUUGUUUACAUGAUGUCAUCCUUCCAAGCCAUAAUACUUGCUGCAUCCACUCUUCAUAAUGCAUUACAGCGUUGUUUACUUUCUACUAUCAUAUCUGGAGAUGACUCACCUUUUACCUUUCUUCAUCCUCUUCUGCAACAACUUCAACUUACUUUCGGACAACUAGAAACAGCAUUACAUCAUUACUCGUCAAAGACACCUCCAGCCCAAACGGAAGAGUUUACCUCCUCUCGACCGUUACCGACCGAUUAUGUUACAGAUACCCUAUUACCUCUGGCGACAGCUUGUUUGAAGAGCUUCAAAGAAACUCAGGCUCAACUCAAUGACCGUAUCCACGAUUAUGCUCCUCUGCUCGACAAAACUCACCUUCGUCAUUUGCUCCUGACUCUUCAUGGUAUCACACUCGAUCUCAAGGAUGCUUGGCAAUCCAUUGUGACUCCUUCUUUGACCCAAAAUGCAAUAACAACUUGUCCAACAUCAGUACGAUCAACCUAUACUGAACCACCAUUACCUUCGCCACUCGCCACUCGCCAUCGUUCUCAUAGUGAUCAUGUUAAACCGACGUUAUCUCUAUCUCCUUUGACAUCUUCUUCUUUCCCUGCCACAAUUUCGCCAACGUCUGGAAACAAUAAUACUCAUGAAAAUACAGCUUCAGCUCUUUACGCUCAUCUUCAAAUGGCAGUGACAGCUUCUUUCAACCUAGUGGAUAUUUUGAAUCAGUCAAUGGAUACUAUGCUUCAACAACAACAACAACAACAACAGCCAAAUGAUGUGAAUGAAAACUUUGGAGAACUGAAGCAGAUGAUUCAACAAGCGGUUAGAUGCUCUCAUCAGAUGAACAAGCAUUUGGAUAUCAUUCAAGAUCAAGGAUUCUCAUCACAACAGACUUAUACUAUUCAAGUUUGGGAAGAUACCAAUUUAUUUUUGAAGACAUUUGUAUCAUUGAUGAGCUUGAUUCGUUCUCUAUCCACAGAAAAGGAUGUGCAUUGGCCUAAAUCUGUCAAACAAGGUUGUCUCCAUGUUACUCGUGUCACUGCCGAAAUCGCAAGGUUAUGGAAUAGUGAUCCGACGUUUGUUCAAGAUGGUUAUUAUCUUGGGAAAACUGGCGAUGAUUAGUUGUUUUUCCACUCAUGAUCCCCUUCUUACUCUUCAUCUUUUUUUGUUGGUCUACUCUAUACCCC